CGCCCGCUGGCUGUCAUUCGUCCUGCGCGAGCUGCCGGUGCGGUCGUGGCGCUGGAGGAGUGGAGCAGCGAGAGCCGCGUGUAAACCAACACUUCCACCUCCGCGUUUCUGUCACCUGAGGAUCUUCUGGAGGGGGCAGAAUUGAUCGUCUCGCGUGGCGAUAGAAAAACAACCAGGUUGAAUCGCACUGCUUUGGGGGAAGACGAGGUUCGCUAACCCGCUGCUUUGUGGCGCCGCCGUUUCUCGCUCCAACGCGGGGAUUCAGAGAGGAGCCAUCUCCCCGGGUGUGCAGUAUGAUCGGACAUGCAAGACUGCUUAUCUGACGGAUCUGGAACCACGCUCUCCCACACAGGAAAUCAAACGUCAGCCUCUCUGCCACAGCGGCUUGUUGUUGGCAGAAAGAGAAGAUCUCCUCCGGCACAACUGAUUUACGUGGGCUCACGGUGCCUCAGAUCUCCCCGGGGCGAACGCACCUCCCCAGGCCAGAGAGGUCCUCUCCUUCCGACCCCUGCUGAGCAUGCGGGGGGCGUGUGCACUGGUCCUGGCGCUCGCCGCCGCCCUCGGCUGGGCGGACUCGGACACACACCAACUGAGACAUGACCCCAACUUGGACAUCUACAAGCGGCUGUUUGAGACCAAGAGGAAAGAUCAACUGAACGCGUUGAAGAACCUGGUGGAGCUGAACGACAUCAACCAGCAGUACAAGAUCAUAGACAUCAUGCUGAAAGGACUCUUCAAGGUGUUGGAGGACUCUAAACAAAUCCUGGUUGCAGCCAACAUGCAGCCUGAUGACCCUUUUCCGAUGGACGAUAAGAUCAAAGAAGCUUACUCCCACGUGGUGGAGAAUACCGCCUUCUUCGGCGACGUGGCGCUGCGUUUCCCCCGUAUCGUCCACCACUACUACGACCGGAACUCCGACUGGGACGGUCUGCUGCGCUGGGGCCUGAAUUUCUGUAACCGGACCGGCGUUUUCACGGGAGGAGCUCACCAGCAUGUGCUGACCCUGAUGUCACAAGAGCUGGGAAUAACGGAGAAAUCCCCCGACUUUAUAAACCCCUACCGCACAGAGAGAGACGAUGUGCUUCACACAGCCGAGGCUUUCCAGAAGAUCCUGCGGGAGGAGGAGAAGAGGAGGAGGAAAGAAGAGAAGAGGAAAGAAAUCAGGAAAGGCCCCCGCAUCUCCCGCUCUCGCACCGAGCUAUAGCGGAGACGAGGGAGGGAGGAACAUACGCGCAGUACUGCAACGGGUGGCUCGUACGCGUCGGCUGCUGGGGCAACAGUGAAGGAAAUCAAGGCUGUCCUCGCUUGUAGAAGGCCAGGUGCUCUGUUGAAAACGAGGGGGGGAACCACCAAGGUUCCACACAACAACAAAAAAAGUAACGUGGAAACGUCCGAAGUGCUGAACAUCUACAGUGAUUGGUAAUUGUAGAGGAGGCGAAGGCGCCUCUGGGAGAGGGGUUGAUAAGGGAAGCUCGUUUUAAUUACGUGUGGAAUAUCAUUUACUUCAGUAUAAUCUUUAAGUGCAAAACCCCACUGCAAUGUGUCUAGAUUUAAUCCCAUUUGCUUCGAACCACGAGUGUUUCCCAAAUCUAAAUUUGUCCUCACCUCAUUCCUUUUGGAUGGUGUCUGUUUAGGUUGAGCUUGAAUUGAUGAUUGAAUAGUUUUGUUGUCACUUGUUCCUUCAACUGAGAUUGGUUUGAUAUUUCUAGAGGGUUGUUUAUCAGUUGGCAGAUUUAUGUUCUUUGUCGCUGCCCAAAGGUUUUAGGACACCAUAUUACUGUUUCGUUUGCAUCUUUUGAAUCACAUUUGCUUCAUCUGAUCAUCUCUAUUUUCAACCCAUAUUUCUGUCUUUUCAAUUUAGUGACAUUUAGUUGAUAAUUUUUUUAUCCUGUUGGAAAUGUGUCAGCCAGAAUUGUAGUAUAUGAACUCAUUUUCUGUUUAUCGCUGGAAAUUAAGAUAUUUUAAUGGUUUAGAUAUAUGUAAUUUAGAUUGAUGUGAUUUGAUGAAAUUCUAUUAAGACUGUUAUACAAACCACGUGUGUAUUCAGAGAAAGAAUCAUUGCUGCAGAAUGAACAAGCCAUUUUGUUAUCAAAUGUAAUGAAAUACAGUGACCCUGAAGUCUCGUGUC